UGCCUCACUGCCUAUACUGAACACCAACCUCCCCCUACCUGCACCCCUCUUUUCACACAACAACAUUUAGGCUACUCUAAACUGUAUAAAGAUCAAAGUGGGGUUCUGAUUGAUGUUCCAACACUUAACACACACACACACACACACAUACACACCUCUGUCUUCUUCCAUAUGGGAGGGAAAGGUAUAGGGGAUAGCUGCCCUAAUCACAUCUCAAGUGCAUAUCACUGAGUUCGAGUUUGGAGUAAAUCAGAGAGGAAUUAACAACAAGAGCGCUGACUGGAGCUCCAAGGCCAUGUAUCUGCAUGAGGAGAGGCUGCUGUGUGGUGACUACCCACUCAACUCUCAGCCCAGGAACUAUGGCUAUUGUCCACCAGAUUGGAAAGAUGCGGUUCGACGGGGCCAGUCUUGGAACCGCGGUGGUAAAGUCGGGUGUGAACCCGAGCUUUCAGCUCUUCAAGUUCGGGUGUCGCUCCAGGGUCGCGAGCUAUGGGAACAAUUUGGCGAUAUAGGAACUGAGAUGCUCAUCACCAAAACAGGAAGGCGUAUGUUUCCGAGCUGCAGAGUCACUGUGACAGGGUUGAAUCCUCAGGCAAAGUAUGUGUUGAUGAUGGACAUGGUCUCAUUUGAUGACGACAAAUACAAGUGGAGCAGGGAUCGCUGGGAAGUGAGUGGUAUGACCGAGCCACAUCUUCCCAACCGCUUCUUCAUCCACCCAGACUCUCCCUCCCUGGGGGAGAGGUGGAUGCAAUACCCCGUCUCCUUCCACAAGCUCAAACUCACCAACAACACCCUCAACUCCAGUGGCCUGGUGGUUCUUCACUCCAUGCAUAAGUACCAGCCCCGUCUGCACAUCGUCCAGUCUCCAGACCCCUAUAACCCUCUGUCAGGGGGCUACCUGCGCUUCACCUUCCCCGAGGCAGCUUUCAUAGCUGUCACUGCCUACCAGAACUCAGAGAUAACAAAGCUCAAGAUAGACAACAACCCCUUUGCAAAAGGAUUUCGUGACAAUGGGCUGAACAGAAAAAGGUUCAGAGAAAAGGAAGGUCAGAGCUCCGAAAAACUAAAUGAAAGACAACUCCAGAUGGAAUUGAAAUCUUCAAAUGUAGGAUCCAGACCAGUGGAGUCAGAUGAUGAGGCUGAUGUCAUCGUCUCAAGCUCUAGCUCAGUGGAUUCCUAUGGUGCAGCAGGAUCCAGGACUGAUGACAUCACAUCUCUCUCUGCUGCACCUAACCCCUUAAUCUCUGCCUUCAUGAACUGGGGGGCUGCGGCUGCAGCCCUGCCCUGUGGCCAGGAGGGAUGGGGGGUCCAGGAUCCAAUGACCCACAACACCCACACAUACAACACACUUACUACCAGGGACUAUGGCAGCCCUGGGCAGCAUAACGAAGCCAGGCAUACUGGUUUAUCAAACGUUGCUUCUCCUCUCUUCCUCCCACACCCUCCACUGGGCCAGACUCACCACCUAGGGUCUGUUGGCUUCAGGAGGCCCCAGGCGCAGAGCAGGAAACCAGUGGGGCCUCACCCACCUCACCACCGAGGAGGUCCAAGUGGUCCAGCACCAGAACUCUCCCAUAGCCAUAGCCACAGCCACACAUCAGACCACCAGCCCCAGCAGCCACAGCCCCAUCAGGCUGAGUUUGACUACCCUCUCCCCCUGCCCCCAAAGGUCAGCAGGAUGUACCUACCUGAGAGUGCCCUGUGUAGCCUGGAGAUGAGCCCCUCCCCCUCGGGGUCCGGCAACCCUUGGUCCCUCACCGACAUGCUCAACAGGAUCCACAGCAGGGAAGGGUCUGGGAUCAACUCAGUAAGCCCCCAGGGGAAGCUGCUCCAGGCCCAGGCCCAGUAUGAGAGGCCAGGCCUGGAGCUGGGGGUGAACAGGGAGCUCCGGCCACCACAGCCCAAUCCACCACUACCUGAUCAUGAGCCAGAGUACCUGCCUCUCCACAACAUGAUGUGCUACCACCAGAACAGCUUGAUUGGCUUUGCUGGGCUGCUAAGAGACAACCAUGUGGACCCUAGAGUACCCUCCUGUAAGUCACCUAUGCCCGACUUAUAAGUGAUCUCUUGUUCAGUAAACACAACAGGUCAGGUAGACAUGAACAUUUUCCCCACCACUUGUGGACAUCUAGCAACAUCUCUGGGUAGACUUGAAGCAAAUUAAUAUGCAAUAUUGAGUCAUGUAUAGUUAUUUUUUCUUUGCUAUGUUAGACGUUGCAAAAAAAAUCCAUAGUUUUCAGUUGUAGAAUAGGGAAGUGGUUUGCUAGGAUAAGGAACUGGGGACUCUUUUGCCCUGACAUUAGAUUUUUAUAAUUUGUAAGGGGAGCUAACACCUAUGCAAUAGAUUUGCAUCAUGUCUUAACCGUCAACAUGUUUCCCCACUUUCUUGGGACAUUGUAAUUAACAGUAAAUAAUGAGUGAGAUUAUAUGUGAGAUGUGAAUGCAGAAGAGCAGUGGUUUAUCAAACAUACAAAAUUAUGUUUUUUUGGUUUUGAUGUUAAGGCUGAUAACAUUAGCCAUAUCCAUACUGUAUGUAUCGUUGUCAUGCUAGAAAAGUUGGCUACAGCACAUACAGCAUAGGAGUUAUGGGACGAGGAUAAUGUAACAGGCCACUGGUAACUGAUUCUCUGAAAGAAUACUGAGGAAACUGUAUGAGGUGGCAGAACAUUUAUUACAGGGAAGUGAAUAAUACUUUGCAACAGCAAGACUGGAGGGUCACAUGUUCACAUGCUGAAAUAUCCAUUUGGGACCAGUUUUCCAGUAGUAUGUAAUGUAAAAAUCUAUAUAAAUCCAAAAUAGACAAAUUAACAUAAACACAUUUAUUAAGUCUGAAUAGAUAUUGUAUAUUUCAAUAAUGUGCAAUCUUUUUUUAUAUAUAUACACUGUAUUCGGAAAGUAUUCAGACCCAGUUAUACAUUUGUGCAAAUUUAUAACAAUAAAAAAACUGAAAUAUCACAUUUACUUAAGCAUUCAGACCCUUUACUCAGUACGUUGUUGAAGCACCUUUGGCAGCAAUUACAGCCUCGAGUCUUCUU